AUGUUUUGGGUCUCGGCAGGUCGGCGGGGAUGUGUCCAGCUUCUCCGCUGCUGGCCCAUGACAGCCAGCCUGAGGACACCCACCGCAACCCGCUGCCCUCUGCCUUCCUUGGGUUUCUUCUCCAUCUCUUCCCCAUCAAACUCUCAGACAUGUGAACAAGUAAACCCGCCUCUGAAGCAGUGGGCAUUAGAAGUGAGCCCCUUCAGCACAGUUCGGGCUCAGCUCGGCUGCAGCAUAUCCGUCCGUCCGCUUGACCCGCACAGCUACCCCGAGGCUGACCGAGCCUUCAUCACUGUGCACGGGUCAGACAAAACAGAGGAGGAGGAGGUCAGUCUGGAUCACUUACACGUCCUCUACGAUGGGCAGAGCAAAGAGCUGCUCAUCUCAGCAGAGAAAGUCAACACUGGUGUGUUGAUUGAUGUGGCUGCACCCAUUAAAAGCAGUGAGUGUCUUCUGUUACAUAGAGGAUGUCAAUGUGAGUUUGGGUUUCCUUGGUGCCCUCUAAAUACUAUUUUUUUGUUUUGUUAGAUAUCAUAAUCACCGCACAAGGAAAAGGCAAUGUGCAAGUGAAAAAGAUGGAGUGUGAUGUCUGCAAGGUUCAGACAGAGAGAGGAAACUGUCUGCUGCACUCAAUAAGGGUAAGUGCUGCCAAGGCAACAAAAACAAUAGUAGAGGAGAGUUGGGUAAGAUGAGCCAUUUUUCAUAUUUCGGAUCACUACAUCAAGGCAAUCAUAGUUUUAUCUCUAACUAGUGUAUCUGCAUAUAUUUCAAGAUGUUGUUCAUCCCUGCAAACCAACAGAAUGAGUGUAAACAUAACUGUCGUGAUAAUAUAGCAUGCCAAAAUAAGUGGUCUCGUAUGGGGUAAGUUGACCAUAGGAGCAGGGUAAGUUGAGCUGUAUCCCUACUAUCCCCCCACUCUCCACCCCAGCCCUCCCUCACCUUCCCUCCAUUUUAACAUGAGAAUGUCUUUAAGUGAUCCAUAACAUUCACAGCUGUAUUUUUGAAAAGAAAAAGUAACACAUUUCAACAAUCUGAACUGAAACUCUGAUCCUCUCAUCAGACUCCUUUACUUUCUCAGUUGAUCCACUGGCUCAACUUACCCCAGAACUACUAUUCUGACUUUAUUAGUCCUCUAAGCUAAAAUGGUGGACUUUUAUGCUAGGUUUUUGACCUCAUGUUGUAGCUCAUAGAUACCACAAUUGAUGUAUAAAACAAAUUUAAAAUGAUCUUUUUUGGUCUGAAUACAAUUCUAAUCAAACUUAUGACAGACUAAAUUCACUUUCAAGAGUGAACAAGUUUUUUGUAAAUAAAUGUCUAACCUCUUCACCCAUGUGCUUCUAACCUUCACAGACUCCAUGAAUUAAUACCCAUCUCCUAAAUAUUUGGUCACAUGAUCAAUUUCUUUUACCAUUUCCAAGCAACAGGGGGUGGCUCAACUUACCCUUUGGCUAAACUUACCCCACUCUCCCCUACUGAAAAUACAGAUAAGAGCCUGAGCUGACAUGUCAGCAUAUCUCUAAGGGUUGCUAAAGCAAUUUUGCACCAGAAGGAGUGUUGUAACCUACCAAAUAUCAGCAUGAUGUUUCUGUUUAUCAUUAUCAGUUGUAUUAAAGCCAAGAGCUUGUUUUUCACUCGCUUUCCUCACCUCUGUUUUUCUUUUUUGUUGCAUCAUAGAGUCACCACGUUGAGGUCAGAUCGCAGGGAGGACAAGUGACGGGUGCAGGCACCAUCCAUGGCAAUGUGGACAUCAGCACAUGUGGAGACAGCGUAAGCGUUACAUUUCUAUUCAGCAGUCACUAGAGGGCAGCAGCAGCCUUGAUAAAAGCUUUAUCAAAACACAUUUGCAGCAUUUAGGUUUAUGGCACACAUUUCUUUUGGAGACAGACCUGUAUAGGAUAAAUAAUGAUCGCCUGGUGACAGUGUUGUGCAGUAAUUGACUGUAUGUUUACAGGCUGUGGAUGUGAAGAAGCUCCAGGGCACCAGAAUGAAUGUUUCAACAGAGCGUGGUGUUCUGAAGGUGAAGGCCAUCUAUGCAGAAUCCAGCUGUGUGUCCUCAAGCUCAGGGAGAGUAGAGCUGGGUCAUGUACAUGGUGAGCAGUCAGCUCCAUAUAUUCUUCAUUUACUGAUGCCUCUAAAUGGCCCAAUUUAAUUUGUUUGGGAGUUACAUCAAUUAACAACACUUUUAACAAGAACAGUACAUGGUUUGGGUCAGGGACUGAAUCAUCAACCGUAGAACUUCACUUUUUAUCAUUGUAGGACAUACAGUGAAUUUAUCCAAAAGGUCCCAAACAUUCACGUUCCCCUACACAACACUGUAUUAGGUUUGUAAAAACCCCUGUGCUCUGAUCCAAAAAGAGUCUUGUAAACUGUGUUGUGGCUUUAAUCACAUCAGUGUGUUUUUGUUUGAUUUGGUGCGGUUACAAAAUAGUUUGGUCAUAAAAAGUCUUUAUUUUGAAAUCAAGAUAACUUGGGAAAACAACAGGAACUUUUACGUAAAGUGUAAAAACAUGUCACCCGAAAAGAAUUUUAAUUAAAUCUGAAUCCAGAUGAGUGUCCUAGCACAGAUACAUGGAAACAAUUAUCUUGUUGACAACAGCGAUCCAGGUUAAUAAAAAACACUCUGUGAUGGAGACCUCUUCACAUCGUUGUACACAUUUUACUCGCUUAAUGUGUUGCAUCAUAACAAAUAAUGAGAUAAUAUGAUAUCAGGUUAUUAUGAUACUUUUGUUCUUACUGUUUAAAGGUAACGCCACGGUGAAAAAUACAUCUGGAGAUACAGUCAUAGGUGAGACAGCCGACUCUUAUUGCACAACUCACUACAGUACGUAUGGUUUCUAUCAGUGUCUGGUCACAGCGAAUCAUCUAAGGCUCGCUUUGCUUUUGCAGAUGGUUCAAAUUCUUUCCUGAAGGUUUCCUCACGCAGCGGCAGUAUCGAUGUCUACGUCGGAGAUAACGCCAGCGCUGACCUUCACAGUCAGGAAGGUAAAGGGACUCAAUAAGAGGAAUAUUCACCUGAUUGAGUCUCUUUUCCAAAGCUCCCUUUUAUUGUUUUAUCUCAUUUAACAUCAUUCACUCUAACUCAGGGGCCGUGCACAUACGUGUGCCAUCAUCUCUAAAAGCUGGGGUGGAGCUCUGUGGCGCGUCGGUGGAUAUCAGCCCAGAGGUUGUUCUGCAUGGAGUACAAAACAACACAACUGACGGCCAAACCACAGUCACUGGUGAGCCCUUGUAUCUUAUUGCAUCACACACUUUGGCAGAGCUCAUUGACUAAACCCUCAAAUGUGUAAAUCAACAAGGAACAUACUGUUUCCUCACUGUAUUCCCAGGUUUCUCUCAUUUGUCCUGCUCCUCUGUGUCUCUCAGGCUACAUGAGUGCCGAGUCUGGAGUGGAGCAGAAGGUUAAAGCGCAGGCAGACGGGGGCUCUGUCACGCUGAAGACACAGAGCUGGUUUGAGUCCCUGAAGCUGGGGACCUGA